GAGGGUGAGAAAGAAGGUGGACCUAUCUCCACGAAAUAUGUUUCCUCCUUAUGCCGGCACGUGAAGUUUGGAGCACGUGAGCGAAAGGCAACAGAGAAAGCAAAGGCCAUAGCACACUUUUCAAAUACUUAUAGAAGGGCAAAAAAGAAACAAAAAAUAGCCUCUCUAGGUGAAGGUAGUAGGGCACUAGCAAUUAAAAAGGAGGAUUUGCCCACUCGGUCGAGUAAAUUAUUGGAGCCUAUCACUACUGCACUUAUGGAGCUCCGCAAGUCAAUUCCACUUGACAAAGAAACAUCACCCCCUAUAGAGCUUUUAGAAGAAACCACUAAAUUCAUUGAUGUUGAAAGAGUGGAGACGCCAAAGAGUAAACUGAAAAUGGCAAGGAAACAUACAUAUUACGGAAAGGGGGAAGGUGUGCUCCCUAUGUACCAUGAAGAAGCUAUUGAUUUCUUCCUUCAAGAAAAUCACAUGGAGCACACCAUUUGGGAGGAUGCAGAUACUUUGAAACCAUCAUGCAACGGUGAUGCUAUAGAGCAGCUCCUACAUGAUGGGCCACUACGCAGUGAUGUCGUCAACAUUUACUUUCGUGUCAUGGAGCUUUGA